AAACGGCUCACGACUGCAAAACCCUAAUCUCUUUUGAUAUUUUGGUUGUAAUUUUGUUGUUAGAAUUUUGUGGUUUUUUGGAAUUUGAGUUAAAGAGUUAGGAAAGAUGAACAGAGGAAGAAGGAAUCUGAAACAAGCGGCGUCCGAGCAGGAUUUCACGCUUGAGGAAUGUCAAAGCAUUGCCCAAGUCGUCUCUCUCAGAGGUUCCAAUCAAAUUGAGAUAAUGGAUGCAAAAGGAGAGAGCUCAUUAGCUUUGUUUCCAGCCAAGUUUCGUGAGAGCAUGUGGAUCAGACGAGGAAGCUUUGUAGUGAUUGACCAUACAGGAAAGGAAAAGGCUCAAGAGUCUGGCAGCAAAGUUACAUCUAUUGUCUGUAAAGUUCUAUUUUUUGAGCAAGUCCGUCUUCUUCAGAAGUCUCCAGAUUGGCCGGAAAUCUUCAAAGAUACUAAACCAAUUCCAGCUGACGAAAGCUCUCAAAUACCCAUUCCACCGCAAGAAAAUGAUGGUGAAAUUGAUUCUAGUGAUGAUGAUGAUGAUGGCAUGCCCCCAUUGGAAGCAAACACAAAUAGAUUGAGACCUUUUGGAGUGCAGUGUGAUGCAGAAACAGAUUCAGGGUCAGAUUCUGAUUCAUAGCUUAUUUGCGAGCUGUAUCUUAUUAACAGUAUGUAACCAACACAGAGCUGCUGAAAAGCAGAGUUUUGCUUUGCAAUAAAAUUGAUUUAGAUC